CUAACUUAGAGAAGCAGUUGUCAAAACGGAGCUGAUGAUGAUGCCUGAUGAAAAACAAAGUCUGUGUAUCCUUCAAAGAAACAAAUCGUAGUGUACUUUGAAUUACUACAAAAACUCAGUUUUCCCCGUUCAUACAUCUAUUUUUUUGGUUAAGUAUACUUAGUUUUCUAUCUGGAGGCAGCAGUAAUCUACUACUACCAGAUACGAGAGCCCGUUAAGCGGAAACUUUUAUUUUGUCCAGAACUAAUUGAACCAUUUGGAAAAGUGAGCGAAGAUACAACGUUUGUUCCGCUGCGGUCUUUUCGAAAUGGAUUCUACGGACUCGGAAUUAUGUGGUUGCGAAAGCUCAAAUUUUAUACCGUCAUCUGAAUCUGAUCCUCCACCCCCAGUUUCUUAUCACGUAGCGGAAUGCAAACCUGGUGAUAUUCGUACCCAAGAGUGUGAUGUUAGCACUGAAAACCCACCAGCCUUUGAUGUAUCUGACACUAUGGUAUCUGCGGACUGCAGUUUUGAGCCUUCCAACCCCACACAAAACCAGAGAAGUCUUACACAGGCAGAUGACUUUCGAGAUCUAUCAAAGGAGAAUUCAGAUCCGUCCGAAUUCAAGAGAUUAGAUUGCAGUCCAAUCUCCAACUCACUUACACCCUGUUCGAAACACACUUUAGGUGUUUUAACUAACGAUCUCAAACUAUCUGCCACACACAACCGAAUAAGGAAGUCAUUGGGCCAUACUGAUAAUCUAUUCAUCAAAGCCCCCAAUCAAGCAAUGCGCUUGUCAGAACCAUUGAGUGCUCAUAAAAUCAAUGAGUUCCAUUCGGCCGAUUCAUGUAACAGUCCUUUUUUGUCUGGAUUCGAGUCGCGUUCAUCUUCACUAGCGCGGUUGCCAAAUUCAGCUUCGAUUUUAAAUAGCAGCGAUGGUGGUGGUGAGGAAGGUGAUUUGUCAGUUAUGCAUGAUCAUGAGAAUCCGUCUCCUACUGAAUCUGAUAGUUUAAUGAAAAAUAAAAAUGUACAACUAAUAGCUAAGAAAACAUCAGAGCUAGUGGAAAAUGAAGUUACUGAAUCUGUAGAAUCAAUUUUAGCUGUUAGUUUAUCUGCAGUGGUUUAUCGAAUGGACAAUACAAACAAAGUCGUUUUUGACAAUCGCUUUAAUGUUAAAGUGAAUGAUGCAAAUCUCAAAGCUGCCUAUAAGUGGGUGCAAAUAAAUAGUGCGAAAUUGAUCGGCGAGCUGAGCGUUUCGAUGAAAUCAAGUAGUUGUAUUACUGAUCAGAUCCAGGCUAAAUCAACAAGUGAUUCAAUAUUAUCAACAUCACCCCCGACAACUGACUCAUCUAACGCAAAUGUUUUGAGCUCAAAAUCACUUUUCAGUUCAACCAGUAUAUCCGUAUCAAAUUCAGACUCUAUUCAACGAAAAGCAGAUGACAAUCAGUGUAAUGAUAAUCAUGGACUAUUUAAAUCACCAGGUCGUACAUCAUCUUCUGGUUCUGAACUCUUUAUACCUCGCCCAAAGAAUAAAUUAAGCGUUGGAGAAUUCGUUGGAGCUAAAUGUCCAGUCCGUGCCAGUACAACAUCAUCAUCAAGUUCGGAUCUUUUUAUUCCUCGUUCAGCAAAUAAACGCAUUCGUGAACUAAAGGAUGAACGAGAGUGCGAAUCAUCUACCACGUUAAACGCUGCACAAAAAUCAGCGGAGUCUAACUUGCUCCGCUUAAGUUUACUUCCUUCAUCUUUUAGUUCGAACAACAAAUCGACACAUGAUUUCACUCAUCGUUCCUCAUUAACCCUGGUAAAUGAAACACCUUCUGAGGAUACAACCAACGAGUCACCUCAUUAUACUAAUACUGAAACAAAUCAAUUUGUCAAGCAGACCGAUACAGAUUUGAUAUCGGAUUCCCCUAGUACCACAACGUCGACGAUAAAAACGUCUGUUACAGAUAAUGAAGAUAUUACUCUCACGUCGACUAAAUUAACUCCAGGGGAACAGUGGGUUUACGGCAAAUGGAAAACAGAAAAGAAUUAUUAUGCCGGUAAAAUAUAUCCUAAUGAAUCUGGCACCAGAUGUUUUGUUAUUUUCGAAGAUGGGACAAGAGCACGAAUCAAACAGUCUGAUCUGGUUGUAGUAUAUUUACUACCUGUCGGAGCUGAGGUCAGCGCUGAAAUAAAAGAUGAUAAUGAAUACUGGGGUGAUUGUGUAAUUCAAGCUCAUUCAGGCGAUUCUGAACGACCUUAUAAAGUUCUUUGUCGUACCACAAACGAAGUUUAUUUUUUACGAAGAGGUCAAGUGUCAAUACAUGAAUCGGAAGUUGAUAAUUUGAAAAAGCGACAACUGCUACCUUCUAAUUCUUGUGAAAUUCCAAUUUCAAUUGAGAAUGAAAACAAAAUUAACAUGAAUAAUUCUAUAACGAAAAUAUGUGCAAGUCCAGAGGUUAGUCUAUCCAACUUGGUUUUUGAUAAGAGAAAAUCGAGACCAAAAGUUUAUCGAUCCAGUUGGGUCACGCCAAUGAAACAAUUAACAACGGUUAAAAACGAUACUGAUGAUCAACAUUGUAUAACAUUGCCAAGUAAACUUACAUUGUCUUCACAUUUACGCAAACGAUAUAAAAAUCAAUUUAGACGAAAAUUACCAACAACAUCUGUUCGAAUAAAUCGUUCACGAAAUAGAUCUGGCAGUUCAAGUGAAUGUUCAAGUUUAGCCAAAAAACAACGUCUUUCUGAUUUGUUUUCAGAUGAUGAAAACCUACUAACACAACCUAUGUCUUUGCAAACACCUGUUUCGAAAACAGAAACUUAUUAUAAAAAAAACAAUUCAAAUCAAAUAGUUUCUAAAAGGAUACAGUCUUCUUCGCCGAAGUCUAGAGCAUCAAUUGGUUUACUUAGAUCACUAAGUCAUAAUUUUAAUAUACCGAUUCCAAGUCCAACUGUAUUCCAUGGAUGGACUAUCAUUCUUACAGGUGGAGCUAAAAACUACAAUUCAAAUGAAUCCAUAGAUCGUAAUCUUUUAGAACAAUUAAUUAUUGCAUGUGGUGGAGAAAUUGCCUUAGAAAUCAAUCCAUCUUUACUGAAUAGAAGGUAUGGUUGGGAAAGUCCUGAACUAGAUGACAGUUUCCAUCAAAAGAAAAGUCAAUGUUCACAUUUUGUAGCUUUAGUUUCAACAGAUUGUUGUCGCACAUUAAAAUAUUUUCAAGCACUUGCCACAUUAGGCAGUGUUCCAUUACUACGUAUUGACUGGUUGUUGGAUUCAUGUCGUGAAGAUGCUAAAACAUACAACAGUGAAUCGUCGUUUGAAGAAAAUCGUAAUUGGCCUUUAUACUUGUUGCGUGCAUAUCCUGGUCGUUAUGAAUUACCUCGGGGAUUAAUAUCAGGAUCUUCUGAACCAGUUAGUUGGUGGUCUGUGCCUGUACGGUAUCGUUCACCAGCUUAUCAAACAAUUCCUUCGCCAUCACUGUUUGACCAUCUUGGAGAUUGGGCGGAUAAUGGAACUAAUUAUCGUUUAGUAGCUAUAGUGACUAAUGAUCUUAAGGUGUUUGGUCCUGGUUGGUUGAACAUUUUAUCUCUAGCCUGUGGGUCCAAUAAUCAAUCCGAUGAGUCGGGUGAUUCAUCUAAUCGAAUUCCUUUGAUACAUUUAUCUGAAAUAUCUCAAAAACUAUCUGAUUUAUUUCCAUCUGUAAGAUGUAGAUCUAAAGCAAGUGAGAAAAAAGUGAAUUUUGUGCUAGUAGAUAAGAACCAUGUAAGUUCAAAAAAUAAGUUUAUUUAAUAACAUUUUUUCAAUUUUAUUCUCACUUUUUUAAUUUGGUAUAGAUGUCUCAGUAAAACUAGUAAAAUAUAUAACUGCUCGAAUGCUUUAACUAGCAAUAAUUUUGAUAAAUCACGAUGUAUUUCACUUACUAAAAACAAAUUUGUGUAUUUACUUUUGAGCCAUACUUCACUUGAGAACUAGUGAUCCUAUAUAUCUGAUUAAACUAAAGUAGGUUUAGCGGGAUCCACAUCUGGGGCGGCCUACUGGUUAAUAGCUGAGUUCUUUAACAACUAGUCCUCCGUAUUUUUUUGGUGAAUACUUUACCUAUUGCGAUGUUUUCUUUUUCGCCAUCGAAACCUAAGAAAAUAGCGUAGAAUUUACGCUCAAAUUUCACACGCUACAUAAAUGGUUUGCUUCAAGCGGUUGUAUUGUUUUUUUUUUCAAUAACCAUCACUACGAGUAAAGUUACGUAAUAUUUUGAGCCUUUCUUAGGUAUUCUUAGAUAAUCUAAAGAUCGCUUUUGUGCUCCCCAAUAUAAACAAUACAAGUGGAUACCAUUCUAAUGCUUUUACAUAGCAAGUACAUAAUACAUUUAAAUGAAUCUCCGGAUGCCGAUCAUGAAUUGAGAAGUUGAGGAAAAAUUUAGUCUACAGAUUAAAAAUCGAAAUGAGCUUGAAGUAUAUUUUGUCCCAAAUUAAUAUGAUUUUAUGUGGACACUCACAUUAAUAAUUUCCUAAAACCAGUAUGAGUGACUCUAACUUUUACACCAUGAUUGUAAUGCUCACGGUAGAACUAACAUACUAAUGACUACCUUUUUAAAAGCUAUUUUAGCUGCCGAAGUAAUGGGAUUUAAACUUCAAGAGGUUUCUUAACAGCUACCUACUAUCAGUCUUAAGUUGAUUGUUUAUGUUCACUGAAUCUACAUCAUAGUGAAUUGGUUCUUUUAAAAGAAUAGUUUCAUUUUCAUCUGCCGCAGAUUAUUUUAUCAUGCAACCAAAAAUUGUUUGGCGUUUCCAAAAAUUUCAUAAGUUCGAAUGUCAUACUGUAAUGAACGACAACAUAAAGUGUGGAAACCAUACAUUCAGUAAUUCAUUUGCAAGUCGUCCAUCAAUUUUCUGAAACUUCAUCGUUCCUUCAUUGCUAUUACAAUUACUUCCUGUUCCCGUUCUCUUCGAUUCGAUCUUCUCAGCCUUCUGCUACCAGGGAUUCCACAUUUGUUUCGUGUUAUAUACUACUUAUGUCGACAUAAGUAACAUACUUUUCAAAGUUGAAAUCAUUUAAGCUAGACCACCAUCGAAAACC